UUUCACCUUGGCUGAUAGUUCUGUGACUUGGGUCUGUCUACUGGAUGAAUUCUGCUGGAAGAUGGAACACAGGAGUUUUCUGUCUGGCCUGAUACUGGCUGCCCUUCUCUCCCAAGUGAGCCCCUUAAAUGUCACUGUGGAGGAACUUGAGGACAGAGUAUUUUUGAGAUGCAGUACCAGUAUCACGUGGCUAGAAGGAACAGUAGGACAACUGGCCUUAGGCAAUAAAACUAUGGACUUGGGAAAACGCAACCUGGACCCACGAGGAGUGUAUGUGUGCAAUGGGACAGAUGGAAAAACCAGCAAAACAUCUACUCUGCAAGUAUACUAUCGAAUGUGCCAGAACUGUGUGGAGCUGGACUCAGCCACCCUGGCAGGCAUCGUCAUCACCGACAUCAUUGCCACUGUGCUCCUUGCUUUGGGAGUCUACUGCUUUGCUGGACACGAGACUGGAAGGCUCUCCAGGGCUGCUGACACUCAAGCUUUGUUGGGGAAUGACCAGCUCUAUCAGCCCCUUCGAGAUCGGAAUGAUGCUCAGUACAGUCGUCUUGGUGAGAACUGGGCUCGGAACAAGUGAACCUGAGGCUGGUGGCUUCUAGGCUCAUUGGUUAUCGACUGGACCUUCUCUCCUUGCUCAGCCAAGAAAGCUGUCCUCCUUCACUCAGCAGGCGCCUGGACUUGUGAAGUCUCCGGGACAAGGCAUGGGAGUGGCCCUGACUUGACUGGGCCCUUGCUCUCCCUGCCCAUCUGUGUCCUUCCUUCAUCAGUUCCCUCCUCUGCCCCACAUGGACCAUGUGAUGGACAGUCUCCCACCACAUCUUGACCCACUGGUGUUUCUGUCCUGGUGGGCUCCCUGGGUGCAGGAUCGGCCCCACCACACUCUCUUGGCUCCAGUCCCCUAUUAUAACCCUUCUACGGCUUUGACUUCCUCACCACAGUGGAGGGCGGGCUGCUGUGUUUAGGGACACAGCCACUCAGAAGUUUCCAUGACAUCAUGAGCGGAGGUGGCAGAGACAUCAAAGGUCCUGAGGAUCACUUCUUAUCAAGGCUCCGAGAGUGUGUAUGACAAAGUCCCAUUUCUGCUAAGGGGCUGGCCUUGGCUUUAUGACCCCUGUGGAGUGGUAGCCACUACCUACAAGGAGGUCUCAGCCAAGGCCCCUUCAGUACCCUUUUCCCCUGUAUAGAAGGUACCAUUCUAUUUUCUUUCUGCAGAACCUGUCCCUGCCCCACCCCUGCCUUCUGCAUAGUAAACUGACAUCAGAAACUCUUCAUCAAUUAAAACAUACUAUCCUUCUCCACCCACUUGGAAAGCUGGAGUCUGAGACUGGGUGGGGAAUUAGGUUAUUUUCAAUAGAUGUCAUCUUUAGCCAUUGGGUUAGUGGUGGUUCUGAAACUUUGGGAUUUAUUUAAAAAAUACACACUUGGGUCCCACUUGGGGACACUCUUGUGUCCCCAGGUGAUUCUGAAGCAGCCUCAAUUCAGAGAAUCUCUGGUUUAGAGGAAUAAUUGA